UGUUUCCUCCUCCUCGCUCUGCUGGAAGGCCUGUUGGGAUGGUGUGGGUGUUCUGGACCAGGCUGACCGGCGUCUGUGUGGUGGUGGUCCUGCUGGUCAGUGGCGCUGAUGGACAGGCUUAUGAGCGCUGGGAGGCCGGGUCCUCCUGCUACGGUGGAUUUGACCUCUACUUUGUACUGGACAAGUCUGGCAGCGUUAAGCACCACUGGAAUGAGAUUUAUUACUUUGUGAAUCACCUGACGCACAAGUUCAUCAGUCCUCAGCUGCGGAUGUCCUUCAUUGUUUUCUCUACAGAGGGUCGGACUCUGAUGAAGCUGACAGAAGACAGGGAUCAGAUCCGAGAUGGACUGGAGCAGCUCAUGCAAGUGUUACCUGGAGGAGAUACCUUCAUGCACAAGGGCUUCGAGCGGGCAAGUGAGCAGAUCUACUAUGCAACUGGGGAUGUUUACCGCACAGCCAGCGUCAUCAUCGCUCUGACAGACGGAGAACUGCGCGACACUCAGUUUGACUUGGCGGCGAGAGAGGCUGCUCGGUCACGUCAGCUGGGAGCCACCAUAUACUGUGUGGGAGUGAAGGACUUCAACGAAACUCAGCUGGCCAUGAUAGCGGAUAGUAAAGAGCACGUCUUCCCUGUGAACGAUGGCUUUGAGGCACUACAGGGGAUCAUUGACUCGAUCCUGAAGAGGUCAUGCAUAGAGAUCCUAGCCGUCGAGCCUUCGACUAUAUGUGCCGGAGAAUCCUUUGAGGUGGUGGUCAGGGGGAACGGUUUCCUCUCCACACGGGAUGCGAGCCGAGUGCUCUGCAGCUUCCACAUUAAUGACACCAUCACCGUCAUGAAGAGGCCUCUGCUUGUGGAAGACACAUACCUGCUCUGCCCAGCUCCUGUGCUGAAGGAGGAGGGGACAUCUGCCUCUCUUCAUGUCAGUAUGAACAACGGUUUGAGCUUUAUCUCCAGCUCUAUCACCAUCACCACAGUCCGCUGUGUGAGUACAGUAUCGUCUCUGGGCACUACCACUACAAGUACCACUACAAGUACUGCUACCAGUACCAGUAGCAGUACAGAGCGCAGCACUGCCACCCUACUGGCCACUAGCUCAGCUCCAACGUCAGUCUGCCCACUGCUAACAGUGGACGGGACAGUUCUGGCCAUUGCUCUGCUCAUCCUGUUGUUACUGCUGGCCAUGGCUCUGCUUUGGUGGUUCUGGCCUCUCUGCUGUUCAGUGGUCAUCCAUGAGCCACCACCACCUGUGCUGGAGGAGAGCUCGGAUGAAGAGGAAGAUGGAUAUCCAAAAAAGAACUGGCCAACAGUGGAUGCCUCGUAUUAUGGUGGGAGAGGAGUCGGUGGCAUUAAACGCAUGGAGGUGCGCUGGGGAGAUAAGGGGUCCACAGAGGAGGGAGCAAAGCUGGAGAAAGCCAAGAAUGCUCGGGUGAAGAUGCCGGAGCAGGAGUUUGAGUUCAUUCCUACACGAACACUGAAUAAUGGCAUGCGCAAACCCAUCAACUCUCAGAAGUGGUACUCACCUAUUAAGGGGAAGCUUGAUGCUCUGGUCGUUUGGCUGAGGAGAGGAUAUGACCGUGUCUCUGUGAUGAGGCCACAGCCGGGAGAGAAGGGUCGCUGUAUGAACUUCACUCGAGUCAAAUCUUACCCAGCUCCUCGGUACCCACGGAACAACAGCAACGCCUCUAGGCACAUCUACAGUCUUCCCCACAGCCCCACCCCACCGGCCCCAAAGAGCAACCUGCCUCCAAACCCACACUGCAGUUACCCCUCCCACUCCACGGACCCACACUGCAGUUACCCUACCUACCCUUCCUAUCCCUCACCUUCUCCAGUGUCCUCCCUGCCUCCUCUUCCUUCAACCCCACCCCCCUCUUCCAUUACUCCGCCCCCUUACACUCCCCCACCCACCAGAGCUUUACCCCCAGCCUCCUUCACUCUCACUUUGGCUCCUCCUCCCUCUCCACCCACUGGCCCCUCUCUAUCAACAUUCCUGCCUCUGACUCCAGCUCCAACUGCCUGCCUGUCUCUAUCAGUGACUGGCUCACUGCCCCCACCCCCUCAUUCUGCCCCUCCUGGCCGAGCUCCUCCUCCAAGCCGCCCUCCACCCCGUCCCUCCCUUGAUGAUUUCCAGGACUGAUCAGGUCUCAAGGUCAGUCUAAGUCUGAAGCAUCUUUGUUUGCUCCUCACUCCACUCAGUUCUUUCUUAUGGAGGAAUCUCUUGCAUCCUGUUUGGAUGACUCCAGUCCAGAUUUAAAAGGCAAAGGCUGAAGAAUUUUUUUUUUUGUCUAUCAGUCCAAAUCUGACCCUUUACCCAGGUGAUCUCCCUCUCAAUAAAUAACUAGGAUUUUUUUUCUCCUCAGAGAAUGUUCUGGAUAAAUGGAUGUUUUUCUUUGCUAAGGAGGCAACUACAAAGAAACACUAUCAAAUAUUUCUAAUCAAGAAAGAUAAUAUAAGAUUUGUCUUAAGAUCAGCAUGACUUUGAAAGCUUCUCAAGCCCACCCUCCAUUCAGUGCAGUCCAUCAGAGGAAUCUCUUGUAACACCAAGGUCACAUUUGAACAAGAGUCAGGACGAGUUCAAGUUUUCAGUGGACACUCACUCUAAAUGUAGAAGUUUUGUCAAAUGCUUAAGAUGCAGGAAAUUCCCACUCUCUCCAUCCACUUGUUCCAAAAAAGUCACAUAAAACAGGGGUGUCCAGCACUGGUCCUGAAGAGCCUUAGUCCAGGUUUGGAGAUGUUGCAGGUAACUAACUGAUGGGUUGAAUUAGGGAGACUAACAAACUGUGCUGAUUUUAAAGGUGGCUGUAUACUUGAAAAAAUUAAAGCAAGCCACCACUGAACAAUCAGUUUCUGAAUAGGCACAUAAAGGACGUGCUGGACUACAUGUGUCAAAUUUGCAUUUGGAAAUUGACAAAUACUCCUCUGUCCAUUGGUGCAAGCAACUAUAACCAAUUACAGACAGAAGGAGGACAUUGGAAGCUCUCACAGCCAGUUUACAAAUAAUGGACGCUGGGUAUUUAGUUGUCUAGAUAGGGAAUCUAUUAUGUUUUUUAUUUUCCUUUAGUGUGCUAUGUAUCUUUUUUGUGCAUGUAAAUGUUCUGCAAACUCACAAAGCUCAAAGUUCUUUUCAGAGGGAGAAACUCUCUCCCACAGAAACCACUUUUCUCAGCUGCCUGAAACGCCUCCUUGGAAUUCCAACCCUUUUCUUUUGUUACAAGAUGACUCAAUCUUUUGACACAGUCCUUACUGCCCACCUACUGGUGAGCUUGAUACACCUUCACACAGCACACAGCAUCUACUGGAGGAGAGUGUGUUCAGUGUUGUAGUUUGUGACGAAGAUGCUGAACAGACUUUCAGGAUCCACUCUGGACCAAACUGAUACGGCAGAACCAACACUGCUGGAGAAACAGCCACAGCAGAGUUUACAGCUGCUCAGGACAGAAGGGUCUGUCUGCAGACUGCAGGACAGGGGCAGAACAUGGAGGAAGGACCCGAUCAGAGUACACUGGGCUCAUAGGGAGGCGGGGCUUAAAGACACAGGAGCUCUAACAGUGUUUCAGACAGAGGAUGAAUAGAAAUGAAUAGUAUGAGCAAAACAAUGUGUUUGGAACAUAAAAAAACACAAUUAUGAACAUAGAAAAGGAGCAUGAUAGGUCCCCUUUUGUACAGCUGAAACCACAAACUUGUAUUUUGUAAAUAUACACUUGUAUAAAGUGUAUAUUUACUCCUAAACAAAAAAAAGAGCAGUCUUCCUGAUUAAUGGUUUGAGUCCAGUGUUCUUUCUACUUGUUCCGCUUUUUAAUCCAAACAGGACACAAGCAUUUACGCGGAUGUCAUUCUUAUAUUUUAUGGAUGUUUACAGGAUUACCCACCUCGUUCAAACAAAUUGAAGCCAUUCGGAAUAUUAUUUCUAUCAGCCUAGUCUAUUCUGAUAGAGGUGUUUACACUGGACAUUCUAUUCCGAUUAGUUAAAUUAUUAACAGAUUAUCAAGAUGCAUGUAAACAUGCUUAUUUACACUGACAGAAAGUUUCCCAAAAGAAGGACUCUGAAGAGUGAGAGCAAUAACAGAACUGUUUGUAGUUUGUUGAUGUAACUUGAAAGUGACUCGCUUCUUCUUUUAUGAUAAGUGAGAACAAAAGACUUUGGGCCAGAUGUAUGUGCAAGUACUGACAUUGCAUAAUGUGCCUUCAUGUGGCCGCAAUAUGAGCAACAAGGCAUCUGAAGACUGACUACUAACUGAAAGCUUGUGAAAUAAAGGAGAACAAAACAGCAAAUGAAACAAUUACACUUAAACAAUUAUGACUAUGAUUGCAUGCUUUGGCCACAUCAUGACACAAUUUGUGCUGCCUCUUCUCACCCAUAUGUCUGAUCCUGAGAGUUUAAACAGUUAUCCUGAUGGUAAAUAUUCUUUUAUCUUGCGCUUUCUUUCAUCUUUCUGUCUUACUGCUAACAUAGCGGAAUUCAGCUGAUUUAGUCUGAAACUGAAGUGUUUAGAAAUUCUCCACUGCACAAACUCAAACCAGUGUCAAAAGAUGCCUUUUUUUUUGCUGUGCAGUGUCUCAUUCAUUUUAAAUAUAUGGCUAAGUUAAGGUCCUGCAGGACCAGAGCUGGAAACCCCUGAUGUAGAUUAAUCUUUGUACGGCAAUACCACUUUUUUUGAAAGUGGGGACUGAAAGAAGUAAACUUUGUGAGAUUACAAACAACAAGAUGACGUUCCUCUCCACAUGACCUGUAAAACUAUCAGAACCGGAACCCUGACUAACCCUGACUGAGGUCUGCAGGAGUGGUGACUUUAUUAUAAAUGACAAUUCAUUGUUAUUGGCUUUGACAACAUGCUGGUAAAUCAUGCAAAAUGUCAAUAUCUUCUGGUGACAUGUGUAAAGGACAACUAUGUAAAUUAUGGUCCUGUAUGUUAAAUAGCUAUGCAAAUACAAAACUAUGUAUUGUAUCAUGGGCAACAGCAAUACACUAAGGGCUGGCCUGAAUAAUUAGAAUACUCAAGUACUCAUUUGAUGUGUUGAUAUCUGUGUCCUUGUUAAGCUUCAUCACUUGUUAACCCUUUAGACCCCGAAAGAAUUCUUGAACACUGUUGUGGAUUCCUGACACUACAAUUCUUAAGAGUUCAUCAUAAAACCAAGCAAAAAUUGCAAUAACUUGACAAUCAGACGUGAUUAUAAAAUCAUGAUUUCAUACUCAUGACGUCAGCUAUAAACAUUUAGCUAUCAAUGUUUAAACUUAAUACAUGUUAAUUUGUCAUUUAGGUAAGAAAGCUGAGCAUUUAGCUGCUGCCGAGGUGAGAGACGACACAAAGAGGUAGGCUAGCUAAUCAGUUAACGGUGCAAAUUUAGCAUAAAACACUGAAAAAAAAAAACUGAAUGAGAUUUGUGUUUGUCGUAGUUGUUAUAGAGCUAGGUGAUAAGGCAAAAAUAUACAAUUAACAUACUUCAAAAAAUGUUCCUGAUACACAUCUUUAUAGUCAAACAUACAGUUGGUCAGUGUCUACAAGUAUAUACAAGAUAUGUUCAGAAAAGCAUAUUGUAUUGUGACAUUAAUGAUCAUCAUGAUAAAAAUAUAUAUUGUCAUAUUUCCCAGCCCUGAGUUAUUCCACUUACAAUGGAACUAAGCUUAAAGCACAAAGUUAACGAUUCAGAAUAAAGUAUCUAAAAAUUUAAUGAAUAUGCUUGAGGUUGUAUACAAUUUAACACACAUAAAGUGGUUAAUAAUGGACUUUUGUAGGGGAAGUACUGAAAUCGUGUUCGAGUACUCAUUCAGAAAUAUCAACAAGUUUUUGAUGCCUAUAAAGUGCCAUUCAGGCCAGCCCUGUAAUACGCAAAUCCUAUUUUACUUGAGAGAUCAGACACUCAGCUUUAUUACUGCCUUUCUGCCUGAAGAGUAUCGCUGUUUAAUGCAGUUUAGUUUCAAAAUGAGUGAUGAUUUAUUGGAACAGAGGCAAACAGGGAAAGCCUGAAACAGUUGAGAAGAUUGGAAGAGUUACUUUUGUACAGCUUGUAGGCUUUUAAUAUGUAUAUAUGGCAGUAAGUAUAUCUAUUAUAGAAAUGCAAUUAAUGCUUGCAGAUCGACAGCGUGGUGAGUAAAAUGAGGCUUUUAUAACGAGUUAUUUCUGAUGCUGUUUUUAGCGAAACACGACUGCGGUGAUGUUUUACUGCUUAAGACAGACUGUUUUAUUUUUCCUUUUGAGGAGUUUAUCUUAUUUUGCUUGUGUGUAUCUGUGUCUCGGUGCAUUAACGUAACAUUAAUGUACGUUUCUGGGGCAUUAACCUAACAAAGAGCAUGUUUUCGGAAUCUUUUCUGACUCCUGUCAACCACGCUUCUCGUUAUGAAUCAGAAAGUGAAUGUACAUGUUGUUGUUGUUGUUGUUGUUGUUGUUGUUGUUGUUGUUGUUGUU